UCAGAAGAAGAAAAUAGAAUCAAGUUAUCAAAGAAAAGUUACAAUAAAGCUAUGAAAGAAGAAAAGACUAGGAUAAAAAAAGCCUAUGAAAAAGGAAGAUACGAAGCAAGGCGCUACAAAAUUGUUGUCAUUGAAGACAAAAUUUGAAGAAAAGCUUUAAGAUUUUCCACACCAAAAAAAAAAAAAGAUUCGCCUCUAUCAGAGAGAAAGAUCUCAGUUGCAAAAGUUCACUUCUAUUUUUGUUCAUGAAGAUAACUACUGGAGCUACGAAUAGGAAGAAGCAAAAAUGGAAAAGAAGAAGCUGUCAAGAAUCAGAGAUUCAUCAAGGAUGAGAGUUCUUUCUUGAAGUCAAAGUCAAGAUCAAGGGCCUAGAGUGAAAGAAUUUGAUGAGAAUGGUUAAGAGAGAAAUGGCUAGUGCCUGUAAAGGUUUGCCACUUGCCAUUGUUGUGUUAGCAGGUAUGGUUGCCAAAAAAGAGAGGUCACCAAGAGAAUGGCAUAAAAUCAAGAAUCAUGUUUCUUGGUAUCUUGCUUAAGAGGAGGAAUAUCGAAUUGUGACCAAUAUUCUGAAGCUUAGCUAUGAUGACCUUCCUCAAACAUUAAAGCCAUGCUUUCUUUAUUUGGGAGUGUAUCCUGAAGAUUAUGAAAUCCAUGUGAGAACAUUGUGUCAACUGUGGAUAGCUGAAGGGUUCAUUCAGAAAAAAGAAGUUGGACCAUCGAAUUCACCAGAAGUAGAAGAUAUUGCCGACAUGUAUUUAGAUAAGCUGGUGGAACGGAGUUUGGUGCAAGUUGCAAGUAGGAGAACUGAUGGGGGUGUGAAGACAUGUAGAGUCCAUGAUCUUCUCCGAGACCUCUGCAUUUCAGAGAGCAGAGAAAAUAAGUUUAUGGAAGUGUGUACGACAUUAGAUGCUAACAAGUGUAAUCCCCGUAGAAUGUCUCUCCAGUAUAGAGGAAACCUGAGGCUAACCAAAGAUAACCAAUCAUCUGCACGCUCUCUGCUUGUAUUUGGUGAAAGCACUAUCUGGAAGAGUAAAUCAGAAGGGUGGAAACAGAUAGAGAAUGGUUUCAAGUUGGCUCGUGUAUUGCAUAUGAACCUAGUGGAGCUACAUUCACAACCUAGUGGAUUGAAGUCAUUGAUCCAUCUAAGGUAUUUGAAACUGAUAGUAGGUUCUCUAAGAAUUGCAGGUGAUGUUUUAACUUGUAUAUGCAACCUUUGCAAUCUAGAAAUGUUGCAUCUAGAGUUUCAUCGUGACUCUGAUCAUUUAGCUCUACCAAGCAAAAUAUGGAAGCUGGAGUCAUUGAGGCGUAUUUAUUUUCGCCAACUGUAUGCAAAGUGGGAUUGUACUGGAGUAUCAAUGUCGAGUGUAGAAAAUGGGGAAACAAGUAUGGAGAAUCUCCAGACUCUGGGUUUCAUUCAUCUUGAUUCACAACUAGCAAGUGUCCUUAACAAGGGCAUGUUUCCCAACUUGACAAAACUAAGUUUAUGGCAACAUCUAAAUAAGUCAAAUGAUGAAAUAUUAGAGAAGAUUUUGCAGUGCCUAAACAAACUCCGUACGCUAAAGGUACAUAACAUCAGUAGGCUUCCAUUAGAUCCGAAUGUGUAUCCCAAGAGUCUCUCCAAGAUUACCAUAAGACGCCACUGCGAAAUGGACUCAAGAUUGAUCAAGACUCUGGGACAGCUUGUCAACCUGCAAAUCUUGAAUCUAGAGUUAGCAAGCAUGCAUUACGAUGUUAAUUGCGCGGCUGGGGACUUCCCACAGCUUCAAGUGCUACGUGUGAAACUGUACAAGAGGCUCCCUGGCAGGUGGAAAAUAGAAGAAGGAGGAAUGCCUCAUAUUCGAUAUUGUGACCCUGAAAACCUGCUCAACCGUGACCAAGACUGAAGUUAUUAAUGUUUCUAUGCUUCUGUGUGUUUCCAUAUUAUAGUUCAUUAUUUUUCAUUACUAAUAGUGUGACUUUCCUGGUUUUCUCUUCCCAUAGUAGUUCUCUUUCUUGUUUAAGUAGACUAUUAUUACCUAUUUGUUUGAUCGUAUACAUAAUUGGUGUUUAUUAAGACCAAGGAAUCCAUAAUUACAUGUA